UGUUAUGCGACGGCUUGGGUGCGGUCUAUUGUGUUUACACUGUGGAAUCUUAGCUAAUGAACUAUCUUCAUCAUGAUAUAAAUACCCUAUAGUUGUUGUUUCGUUGUCAUAUUUAUGUGCCUUAAGUUAUUAAAGAAGAUAGAAAACGCAGUAGCUUGAGCAAGCACCGAAGGAACUCAUGAAGUUUGAUUUGAACUUGGAUUUCGUUCCUCAAAACAUCAAUGAUUUUCUUGGGGAAGUUGCAAUAACCAGAGGGAGGUCUCAGAGGUUAUUCAAGCUUGGUGAUUAUUGUAAGAGAUUGGAGGAUGAGAUGAAGAAGAUUGACGGCUUUGAACGUGAGCUUCCUCUCUGCAUGCUUAUCUUAAAGGAUGCUAUUGAGAGGGUAAAAAAGGAGUUAAUGCAGUGCUCAAAACCGCAACAACGCCCUAAAACUCAUAAAUUCAUGGACUUGAAAGGUGUUUCAGAAGAAGAAGAUGGAGAAGUUGAAGUUGUUAAGAGGAUAGAUUUUAAAAACUCCGGUGAUAACAGAGAGUGGUUGACUUCUGUUCCGAGUUGGGGCCACGCUAUCAACAUCAAUCCCAACAAGGAAUACUCAGAAUCAGAAAUCAAUAUGCUGGAAAGUGAAGUAGAAGAUCUAUCUGCUGCGGAGAGUGAUAACAGGAAAAGAGAGGUGGCAUUUGAGGAAGAAGUUGUAGUUGAACAGGGAAAGGAUGUUUCACUAGUCCUUGCCACCCCUCAGCGCAAAGUUUGUCGAGUAAGGUACAUGUACACGGAAGAACAACUGCUAUUUGUGCGCAAGAAAGCGAGAAGGACCUGGCCGCCUGAACUUCACAGGCUCUUUUUGGAGGCACUCGAACAUCUUGGGGGAUGGCAAGCAGCAGCAACUCCUAAGAAAAUAAAAGAAUUCAUGAAAGUUGAGGGCCUCACAUCCGAUGAAAUAAAAAGCCAUCUGCAAAAGUACAGACUUCAUGUGAGAAAUUCUUCAGUUUCUGAAGCAAAAGAAAUAUGGAUGGCUCAAGAAGAACUACCAAACCUCAGCAUGUUUAGGGCUGGUUCUCCUCAGUGCCUUGCCCUCGGAAGAAGGCCUCGAGCUCAUCAUCAAGGAUGUUGAAUUAUGCAGAUGAAAAGAUUUACAUAUAAAUGUGGAAGUUACAUUAAAAUCCAUUAAUAAUUUAUAAUUAGCUGACUCGUAGAGGGCUAGAAAACACCUCGGAAAGGAGAUUUGCAGAUACUAUGAGACAAUUGAAUUAGUCGUCCCUUUAAGUGGCUCUUCUGUUAUUCUUAAAUAACUUAAUUACUCUAAUAUUAUAUGUGUAAUCUAAAUUUCGAUCCUAUGAAACUGCUGUUUAAGUUUAAUUUUUUGUUUUUCCUGUCUCCCACUAAUUGCACCAGAUAUGUUGGUUUAAAGAUGCUUGCCUUUUGUAUUGCUUGUGUUAAAUUUUUUCAAAGUUUUGUCUUUAGGGUUUUGGCUUAGUGUGUCCUAUUUGUGCAUAGUAAAAUUUAUCUAAUUGGCUUCUUCUGUGA